AUGCUUGCAGAAGUAACAACAACAAGUGAGAUGACAUUUCUUAGGACAAACGCCAAUAGAUAUGGAAAAACUUUUUGGCUAGGUGGAUCAGAUCAGGCAAAUGAAGGUGUGUGGUUAUGGACAACUAGUGGACAAAGGUUUACAGUAACUGAUUGGCAUACACGUACUGUACACGAACCAAAUAAUCAAGAUGGAAACGAAAACUGUCUGACCAUUGAUGACGAGUUAGAUAAUGAAUGGAAUGAUGACAAAUGUUCAUUUGAUUAUCGCUUCAUAUGCGAAAGACCGUUAAUUGAUUUGAGUUAUGUAGCAACACAAGAAGAGACAACGAGUUAA